AAUUCAAACCCAAUUUUUUGAACCAAGCACUGACCAAAAAGGGAGGAAUCCUGUCUACUCAAUAUCUGCCCGUGACCAGGGCUACUUCAGGACUUUUGGAGAAAUGUUUGCUGUAAGCUUGGCCCAAGGAGGCCCGCCUCCAAAUUUUAUGCGGAACUGGAGCUAUACCUACCUUGCAACUGGAGAUUUUGACAGAUUAGUCCUUACCUCUGAAGACGUCACAGCUCAAGAAUCCAGAGAACUGAUUAGUAAGGUCACACAUGCCACCACAGAGGAACUGCCAGACCUUAUUGAUGACAUAUUAUCCUGUGGAUAUACAGGUGUCAUAUGCCUAGGCAAAAAGGAUGAAAUUUUAAGAACCAUUGUUCUGCACUAUCUUGCUCGACUGCUUCCAAUGUUGCAGGAUAUGCGCAAAGGUUUGCAGCUGUACAACCUUCAAAAGGUGAUGGAGCUGGACACUGAGCUUUGCCAGCCCUUGUUUGUUCCACUUGAGGAUGACAAGCCUGAUGCAGACUUCAUUAUGGCACACUGCACACCCCACUUGAGCGAGAAAGGGAUGAUGAGGCAUACACUUGAAAUGGACAUUCUUAACAACUUCCAAGAUUUUCUACAGGAGGCAGAAGACAGUGGUGUGGGAACCGCUGCUCCAAAACAAUGUGAGCUGAUAGUUGAAGGUGAGGAAUUGGACACAGAAGGGGAGCCCAAUAUACGAGGUCUAACAGUUCCAGCAAUCCUUCAGUGGCUCACUGGCCAGGCACACAAACCAAUACUGCCAAGUGAGAAAAACAGCUUUAAAAUUCAUAUAAAGUUUAACCAUGACUGUUACACUGAGCCCCAUGCAAUCUGCUUUCCAACCGUCACUGCCUGUAGCAACACUAUUAUGUUCCCAACUGCACAUAUGAAAUCAUAUGCUGAAUUUAGAAAUGUAAUGGCUCUAGCUCUGCGUUUUGGCAACACUUUUUCAAGAAUAUAAAUCAGUGAAUAUUGUGUUUGAGGAGAUUGGCUGACCAGAUGUUGUUCAUGUGUUAACCAUGUUCCUUUAUACAAUUUUUGUACACAAUAUUUGUAUGAAAAGAACUAAAUCUGAAAAGUUUAACUGAUUUAAGAGGCUGCAAUCUAUUUCAUUUAUUUCAUUGAUCAGUUGAUCAAAUUUGAGCUUAAUGUAAAAAAGUAUAUUCUCAGAAUAUUUUAUACAAUUUACACAACAUUUUGUAUGUAAACUACAGUUAUGUACAGUUAUGUACAUUUUAUAUUUUAAGUUUCAUUAAGUGGCAAGGAAUUGCUGUAUGUACUGUAGCAUAUUCAAAUAAAUGUCCCUGCCGAAGCAAUCAGAGGGUGAUGUGGGGUCAAAUGAAGAUUGCAGCUGCUCCAUUUCUUGAGGGGUAAAUGGGAUGUCCAGCUCUGCUACUUCAACUC